CACUCGCCCAAGUGAGCGCAAGGUCCUGCGCACCACAGGCCGGCAUUCGUGCCACCGUGAAGAGUCAGCAUCAGUGGACCCCCUGGAAAGGCUCUUCGUACGACGUCCCGAUCGCGUUUAUUUGCACCUGUUUGUUUGCCAUCGAGCCUCCUUUCCUCCUUCUCCUUCCACGUGCGGAAUAAGCGGAGCCCAUUUUUACGCCCUCCUUUGGUUUUAGUCUUUUUCCUUCUUGCUGCUUGUCCCAUUCGCCCUGUGUACCGAGAGUGGCAGCAACAGCUUAGCAGGCAUCACACGACCGAGGGUCGAGCCAACCGGUUUGGGCGAGGAGAGAGAUGCCCACGGUGGCGGCGUUGUACAGCCCGUGAAGAGCCUGCCUGCAAGGAGCGGUGGCCUUCUCCUAAUGGCGAAUUCGUCUCGCGCGCACACCCAUCCUCCCCGCCGUCGCUAGCCGGCCAGGCCGUCCACGGACCAGCCUUCCUACCCACCGCUGCGCCGCGGGCAAAGAGGGCCCCCUCCCGUCACUACUAACAGAGAGCAGCCUCCAGGCGAACCACCGUCCGAUGCCACGCUGAGCGCGCCUUCCCACCAGGCCUCCUUGGCACACCCUGUUACCGCAUGCACCGGCGUCCUCUAUGACGAGCCCGCGUCAUCAACUGGUCCCGAGUCCGAGCCAUUCCGCGGGCGUCGCCAGUCCCGUCUCCAUGGCCGACGCGUGGGGCAUGAACGAGCUGGGCGUGUGGUUCGACGAGACCGAGAACGGCGUCGCCGGCGUGCCGCCGGUCCCAUGCCGAAUCAAGCAAGAGCCACAGUCGGCUCCUUCGUCUCCCAUGUCGUGCAUGAUGAACAACGGUGGCGGCGGCAACGCCAUGCUGGACUAUCCCGCGCUUCUCGAGGAACUCGUGAAUGUGACUAAGAACUGCGUCGCGUCUCCGCCGCGCUCGGCGCCCACGGCGAUAGCCACCACAGCACCGCCCCCGGCUGCGGCAGGGAACACUGCUGCGGCGACGAUGGUGGCUCAGCCGGGCAGCCCCAGCAUGUACGACGAACCGUGCGCCGGAUUAGUGCGCUGCCACGGCACCGCUGCCAUGGCCUACGCACCGGCCAAGACGUGCCGUCCUCCGCCGCCCUCGUACGACCAGCGGCUCGCCAUCAAGACUGAGGACUGUGCCGAGAGUGACGCAGCCGCGGAUUGUUGCACCUCGCUGUCAGCAGACAAACUGGACCAGCUUCAUUUGCUCGCCAUGCAGCAGGCGGCUAAGGACAUCGACGUCGCCUGCCAGAUCCUCAACAUAUCACCGAAUCCCUAUCAGUGGAGUGUGGCUAAUGUCCAUUCGUGGCUGGUGUGGACUCAGCAACAGUAUGGUUGCCCGUCGUUCAGGACCGACUACUUCAACAUGAACGGCGCCGCACUGUGUUCCCUCAGCGAGGAAGACUUCAGAAUCCGUGCCCCAGGAUCGGGCGACAUCUUCAGUGCGCAGCUUGAAAUAUGGAAGUCCGCCGCGCACCUGCGAACGUCAGAACAAAAUCAUCAGCAGCAAGGCCAAAGGUCGGGGGCGACGCAGUUCUGCCCCGAAGACAGCGUGCUCGACUUGGCCAGUCUUCUGGGCCAGACCAUCUCGGGCAGCGGGGCGCCGGACGCCUCGCCGCCGCGCACCUCGCCCCUCAGCCAUCAUAGCGACAGCCACAGUGACGCCGCCCACAGCGACGACGACGCCAGCGACACAAGCAGCGACAUCGCCGACCGCUGCCUCGGUGCCACCGGCGUCGCGCUGACGUCGGGCGCUGUGGCGGCCGCCGGCCGUGCCCCUUCUUCGUCUCACAUCCACCUGUGGCAGUUCUUGAAGGAGCUCCUGUCGCAGCCGCAGCUGUACGGCAGUUGCAUCCGCUGGCUGGACCGCAACCGGGGCGUCUUCAAGAUCGAAGACUCGGUGCGCGUGGCCCGGCUCUGGGGCAAGCGCAAGAACCGGCCAGCCAUGAACUACGACAAGCUGAGCCGCUCCAUCCGUCAGUACUACAAGAAGGGUAUCAUGAAGAAGACGGAGCGCUCGCAGCGGCUCGUGUACCAGUUCUGCGCGCCUUACAGCUGUUGAUGAUCCCGGUUCCCUGUAAGGGCGGUCCGACCCGACGAGGCUUUCUCAGCUGGUUCUGGGCCUCGAUCGGUGCAUUCGUGGCCGCCUGGGUUCCCCCCAAAAAAGAAACGCAAACAGUGUGCGUUGUUGUAACGUGUUCGUCGCAUAUUUUCCCUCGAAAUACUGUACCGCUCUCUCGCCUUCUUCCUCUUUGCUUCUGUCGCGCCCCUGCUCCUAUUUUCUCAUAUUUUUUUUUUUUAGUUUCAGUGUUGUCUUGCAUACAUGCCCCCGCCGUGCGCAUUACGUAUUAGCAGCGUACGAUAGACGUGGAGGCCGUGGAGAACACUCGCCACAAUCUCGUUAGUGGCCGUAUGAAUGUGUACAGUGCUUUAGUGAUUUGGAAUUCUAGAAAAGGAGAAAAAAAAAAGGAUGUCGAAGAGCUGUGAUGUAAACAUUGAAAAAGGUGUACGGCUGACCGUCUCGAACAAACUGACAGUGCAGUCCGGGACCCACGUCCACGUAUCAGCGAUCAGAACGUUUACUUAGUUUAGCGAGAAAUUUUUUAGUCAUAUCGCCGUUAACAAAAAUUUGGUCCUUCGAAUCUACGGCCACUACAGCGAAUCCAAACGCGUAAGCACACGGUUCCCCCCAAAAAGGACAAGGAUAUUAAAGCAAUGCUGCGGCGGGCGUGUGUUCUCUGGUGAUUGCUUUCGUUCUGUACAUAGAAGCAGGGACACUUAGCCAAUGUCAUCUUGGGGUGUCUUUCUUACAAAGUGUGACUCCGUUCGCCAACUUCCCUUCCCGCAGUUUUCCAGCUUCGCUGCGGCUGCUGCUGCUGCUUUCCUUUCCUACACUCUAGGAAAAAAAAGAAAAACGAGUACGUGUGACUCCUUUCGGGGAGUCUUGACUUGCCACGUAUAUGACUCUCUUUAAGGAGUCACGUUAACUCUCUUGUGAGUCACACAACUCUCCGAAGAGAGUAUAAUGAUCUCCAAAGAGAGUUCACGUGCCUCCUUUAAGAGAGUCAUAUACGUGGCAAGUCAAGACUCUCCGGAAGGAGUCAAAAUACUCUUUCUUUUUCUUAGAGUGUACUGAACCCCAUGGCAUUCCCGGCUGGUCCGGGAUAGCAUGGUGGAUGCUUUCCCUUUCUCAAAGCGUGCAUGCUGAGGUCUUCCUGCGCCGGCGAUCUGCCCGCGACGCUUUUUUUAUUUCUCCUGUCGACCGCUUCUGUUUUUUACUCGAAUGGUGUAUCCUCUGUUUACAGUCGUUUACUGUUUUAUUAUUCUUUUUGCGUUCCCGCUAUUUAUUUAUUCGUUCGCGCCACGAACUGUUGUUGUUGGCGCGGACACACACACACACUUAUUAUACGUGGAUGUCGUGUUUGUUGUGACACACACGCAACCAGUGGUGAUGUUAGAGGACGGUGAUCUGAAACAAAAAAAGAAGGAAGACUGAGCCGGACUUUCUCUAAGAGUGUGCCCUCCUGUUUGUUUUUAUUUUAUUUCAAGGAAAACUCCCAGUGAGUCACACGAACGUUUUCUGUUGUUUCUGAAGGCAGUAAAAUGUCUUAUCUCGCUCACGAAAGUAGAGGUUGUUGGAAAGAGCGGAACAAGUCGAAGCUGUUCUCGUUCAUUGUGCUUUACAUUUUAUUUAAUUUUUCUUUCCUUGUUCUUAAAAGUCAUGUGUUGGCGUACGUCGCAUCCGUCGUUCUCCCGAACAUCCUAUUAUUUAUUUCCUCGCCAUCAGUCGGUCAGACCUCGCAUUGGUGUCAAAAUCCGCCGCACUACUCAUCACCCCCACUUUAUACCCCUCCCCGUGCCACAGCCUUAUUAGUAUUUCCUUUAAACAUUGCAAUGAAAUGCAAUAGAACGAGAUGAAAGAUUACCGCAGUGUCGCGUUCUUGCCGCCUACAGUCGUCUCGCCUCUCCCAAAGUCGACGCAAGCAGACCUCACCAUGAACGCCGUGUUUUCUUAUUUGUGCGUUUUGUUCUUUCUAAGUGUGUGUCAGCUUCCCCAUUGCACCAUACUUCGUCAAAAGAAGAAAAAAAAAUGUGCGUCUUUCGCCGACGCGGCGAGCGGGACCGGGUUGUGACGUAGGGGACGACGUAGAGCGCGGCCCGUGGCGGGAGUUACCCGCGGUAAAUCACGUGGUCGCCUCUGCCGUCCAAUCCCCGCGUUUCUGCUCGGUCGUCCGAUAGGGAGUCCCUCGAUCCCAGAGGCCUGCGGCCGCGCCCUAUGUGGGGAUGCGGAUCCGCGAGAGAUGGCGCUGGGAAACAAUCGAGUCCCCUCUCCCCCACCUCGACGUUUAGGCGAGAGUGAAAUCCCGUAUAUCCGUGAUAUGUCGGGCAGUAUGUUCUAAGAACAACCCCUUCCCCCACUCCCCCUCCCCCAUUUUUUAAUAUAUAUUAUUCAGGUAUCGUCGCAGUGUCGUCGUGAAUCAAUGUGUGGUGAAAGAGGUUGGGUUUCGCUAAGGUGUUUUGUUUUUU